UCUCCCCAUAUUUCCAUGUCGGAGUCAUGAAUGGGAAUCUUACCAUGUGAUAAAACAAUGAUUUUGUGUUAUAUUUGACGUUUCACAUAACAUCUAAUGACGUCUUUAGGAAAUUAAUGUUCAUUUUAGAAUAAUUAACUUAUAAAAUGUCACAAACGAAGCGAGCAUGGAAACUACAGGAGUUUGUGGCUCACAGUGCCAAUAUCCAGUGUCUGGCAAUGGGUCACAAGUCCGGCAGGGUCAUGGUCACUGGUGGGGAAGACCGGAAGGUCAACCUAUGGGCCCUCGGCAAGCCACAUUGCAUCAUGAGCCUGACUGGGCACACCACAUCCGUGGAGGCGGUGAGGUUCGGUCACGAGGAGGAGAUGGUGGUGGCGGGCUCGCUGUCCGGCGCACUCAAAGUGUGGGACCUUGAACAGGCCAAAAUUAUGCGGACGCUGACUGGACACAAGUCGGGCAUCUCCAGUCUCGACUUCCACCCCUACGGAGACUACACGGCCUCGGGGUCCUUGGACAGCAACAUCAAGUUAUGGGAUAUAAGAAGAAAAGGAUGUAUUUACACCUACACGGGUCACUCCGACAAGGUGAACUGUCUCCGCUUCAGCCCGGAUGGCAAGUGGAUCGCGUCGGCAGGACAGGAUGGCUUGAUCAAGAUCUGGGACCUGACAGCCGGCAAGCAGCUGAUGGAUCUCCGGCAGCACAAGGGGGCUGUCAACACUGUAGAAUUCCACCCUAAUGAACUCCUCCUGGCCUCGGGCAGUGCGGACAGAACAAUCAAGUUCUGGGACUUAGAAUCAUUCCAGGUGGUGAGCACCACCGAUCCAGAAGCAACGCCUAUCAAGAGCCUGCUGUUCCACCCUGAUGGCCUGUGUGUGUACAGUGGGUGUAAGGACAUGUUAAAGGCCUACAGCUGGGAGCCCGCCACGUGUUACGACUCUGUGCCUAUAGCCUGGGGAGAUGUCGCAGAAAUAACCAUGGGACAAGAUCAGUUGAUAGGAUCUUCAUUUGCUCAAACUAAUGUCAGCAGUUUUGUAAUAGAUUUAAAGAGAGUCCAGCCAGUCGGUGGCACCUCCGAAAAGGGAAGCGGUUUGUCGAGUGGUCGUAAAAGUUUCAUAACAGAACGUCCCCCGACAGCAACGUCCAGAAACUCAAGGCCAAGUGACAAACUUGCCCCACAUUUCAGUGUCCCUAAGGAAGAUGCCAGUGAGAGGAAUGAUGACCAAGGUCGGGGGGAUGGCGACGACACCCAGUCGGCCACGGACAUCCAGAACCAGGCUGACUACCGGGAACACUUCCAGUCCAACGCCAGACUCGUCUCUCCAAGUAAACAUAACUGGCAGAUAAGAAAGAAGUCAAGUGAACCUCAAUUCAAUCUUACUUGGCAGUUAGCCAAGAAAUCUUCUGCUUUCUCUCCGCCCAAAAGAAUGGAGCCUUUCCAGCCCCCACCUGAUGACUUCACUGAACCUGAGAGAACAUCAGACAGACGAUCCAAUACAUCUGCUGACCGAAAAACGCACAAAAUAGUACAUUCCCCACCUAGAAAAGCUGAGCGAGACCCUCCCAGGAGAGUUGAAAGGUCACCGCCGCAAGAAUCCCCACGGAGAAUUGAGCGAUCUCCACCAAGAGACCCGCCACAACGGAGAAUUGAGCGAUCACCUCCUCGGGACUCCCCCCGCAGAACUGAGAGAUCACCGCCCCGCGAAGCCCCACGGGGGAGAGAUCAUUCCCCACCCAGGAGGAAGGACCCCUCACCCCCACGUCGGGACCAAGCCACCAGGAACAUCUCCCCCGCCCACAAGGAGAACUCAGGGAUAGCUGCAGAGGACUUCCUCUCUAAAGCAGACUAUGACAGGGGAGGUAACUCCAGCAACAUGUCUGAGUCGGAGGUGCUGUCGUCGAUACAGAAAGGCCAUGAUGCCAUGAUGAAGGUGAUGACAAGUCGGGGGCGAAACCUGCAGAUAGUCCGCGCCAUGUGGACAUCGGGAAACACCAAGACUGCCAUUGACUCCGCUCUGAGUAUGAAAGAUCCAGCCGUGAUGAUCGACAUCCUCAAUGUUCUCAACACCAAGACGUCUUUGUGGAACCUGGAUCUGUGCUCCACCCUCCUGCCUCAUCUCAAAGAUAUGCUCAACAGCAAAUAUGAAAGCUAUGUACUUACAACAGCUACGUCUAUCAAAAUGAUCCUGCGGAACAUGGGCCCCGUGAUAAAGGCCAACAUGACAGCACCCCCUAGUAUAGGUGUGGACAUCUCCAGGGAAGAGAGGCACCAGAAGUGUCACACCUGCUACAUGGCACUGAUGGACAUCCGUCUGCUGCUGGAGAAGAGGCAGGGACUGGCCGGCAAGCUUGGCAGCACCUUCAAGCAAGUGAUGCUUCUCAUGGGCACCCUGGACUGAUGGCAGUAGACCUGCAGGGACACGGCGUCAACAUCAAGAGUGUUCACCAGUGCAAGAGUGUUCACCAGUGACAGAUGUGGGCUGGAAGAUGGGGGAGGGAGGGCUGGUGUCUUCAGCUUGACUAGACAGUGACUGCGGCUUGACUAGACUAGACAGUGGCUGGAAAUUAACUGGAUAGUGUCUGAACAUUAACUGGAUAGAGUGUGCAGCUUAACUGGACAGUGUCUGAUUCAUCAUUGCUGAAUGGCUUAAGAUACUAUAGGGGAAGAUAUACAUAUAAGACAAGCCUGUUUUCUGGAAUCUGUAUAAUUGUCAAGUACUCUGGAUCCAUGGCAACAAGAUGUCCAUUGUCUGGGAUCAGUGGGCUUGACGGUCCUUAUGGAUCCGUGGCAACAAGAUGUCCACAGUGUGGGGAUAAGUGGGCUUGACGGUCCUCAUGGAUCCAUGGCAACAAGAUGUCCAUUGUCUGGGAUCAGUUGGCUUGACGGUCCUCAUGGAUCCGUGGCAACAAGAUGUCCAUUGUCUGGGAUCAGUGGGCUUGACGGUUCUCAUGGAUCCCUGGCAACAAGAUGUCCAUUGUCUGGGAUCAGUGGGCUUGACGGUCCUCAAGGAUCCCUGGCAACAAGAUGUCCAUUGUAUGGGAUCAAUGGGCUUGACGGUCCUCAUGGAUCCGUGGCAACAAGAUGAUCAUUGUAUGGGAUCAGUGGGCUUGACGGUCCUCAUGGAUCCGUGGCAACAAGAUGUCCACAGUGUGGGGAUAAGUGGGCUUGACGGUCCUCAUGGAUCAAUGGCAACAAGAUGUCUACAGUCAGGUUGACUCAGCUGGAUGUUGUUGUGAUGAGACAACUACUGCAUUGGUUGAUGGUUGAUGCUUGAAUCUGAAUGAAGUAAGAAUUCCAGAUCAAAAGACAAAGCAACAAUGUUUAUGACCUCACACAAAUUUAUGACCUUCAGAUAUGAUGCAUCUAUGUGAAGCUGUAUUGGUCCAGGUCUGUGAAUCUGUGCUCUAAAUGACACCAUGCCAUGAUGGGAGUCUCCAGUCCUGGUGUUUCUGUGUCUCUGACUGAUGCAUCAAAGGGUGACAAGUCUCUUUCCAGUCAGUCAAGCAAGCAUGUGACCUUUGUGUGCCGUGACUCCUGUCUGUGUUCCAGUGUUCAUGUGGCCCAGCAUUUGUACGUCCUUCCAACAACCUCACACCCCUCAAUACCAAUCAUUGACUGAGCUGUACACAGACUGGAAGAACUUACUUUCCAGAUUGAGGGGUAGCUGGUAGUAAUUGGUGAUUGAUAUAUAAUGGCCAUGUUACACUGCUUGUGAAAUAAGAUUAUGAAAUUCAUUUCACAAACAUAACAUUAUUAUUUGUAUAAGAGAGGUAUGAGGUGAGCUACUGAUUGAACAGGUUAUAAAGUUUAUAACCUGUUUUUGUUUUGAGUGAAUCAAUUAAGUGCUUAAGUGUUUCAGUGUUGAUGAAAAUGAAAAUGCCAUUUCUUUUCCCCAGUUUGUAUAUACUGAUAGAUUGCGUUCAUGAAUGGUUGCUUGGCAUGUGAACCCAUUUUAGUUUGGUAGUUGCUGAAUCCACAAAAAUUAGCAAAAUUAGAACAUGGAUAUAGCACUGUAAGUUGUCCAGAAACAAUUUCUUGACUGUAUUACUCUACCAUGGUGACUGAUUUGGUAAACUUACCUAAACGUCAAUAUUAACUUAAGUGAGUAACAAACUUGCAAUGAUUAAGUUGUCAGUCAGUCAGCAUCAUGGGUGAAUCAAAAACCUCUUUGUCACAUGACACUUUCUAACAAAUUAACACAACAGGGAAAAGAGUAAAGACCAAAAAUGAAGGACAUGAUUUUGGAAGACUCUUCCUGGAUGUAACAAGUUUCUGAUGUCCCUUGGAGUUGGUUGCAAGCCUGUUUUACUGCACUGGAUGAUGAAUAUGAUGAGACAGUCAACUGUGCUUUAUUGUCAAGAGCUGUGAUGGAUGUAUGGACAGUUAUACCACAGCCUCGCAUGUUAAACACGCAAUUGUUAUAUUUUUUAUUGAGUAGUUUAUUCCAAUGUAUGAUGACUCUUGACAUCUGAUUAGUUGAAGAGGUCCACACUUAUGCUUACAAAUACCAGUAAUUAUGCAAGUUCAGUAAAUAUGGUCAGCUACUAAAACCUAUUAUUGUGUGUCUCAAUACAAGAUCUCAGAAUACACAAGCAUCUACUCCCCAUUACACAAUACCGUUAUGUCAGGAUGUAACACAUGUUAUUUACCCACAGGACAAGUAUUUAUGUACAUAUGUUAUUAAGGGGUUUAUUACCACAUGUUUUCAGGAAGGGAUGUACGGUGGUAUUCUUACUCACCUGAUGAUGUCAUCAUUCUCUGGAAUAGUCCUAUAUUUCCUGGAACUUUUGUAUGUAUCAGGGGCGAUGGAGUAACCUUGUGGUUUAAGCAUUUGCUCACGCUGAAGACCUGGGUUCGAUUCCCCACAUGGGUACAAUGUGUGAAGCUCAUUUCUGGUGUCCCCUGCUGUGAUAUUGCUGGAAGCCCAGAUCAGGAACUCAUUCUGUGUGUAUCAUCCUACAUGAGAGUCCCUUAUCAAUAUUGCUUAAUAAAGAUAUUGCGAUGCUGUGGUUUGACGAUAUGAUAUGAACUGCAAAAAAUGAAUAUUUUUAAUUUGAUUCAAGUUGUUCAAAAACCAUUUUGUUUCUCUGCAAACUUUAAGGUGUACUCCACUCAAACUUUACAGGGAUAUUCUGAGUCGCCAUUUGAAGACAGCGGGUGACUAAUAGCUUGGAUAUGUUGUCAGUCUAGUAGUAUAUGAUAAUGUCAAUGAGCUUAUACAGUUUUAACUUGGAGUAAGUAAAGACAUCAAAACACACAUUUAAAUAAGUUACUGGCCUUUGAGUUAUAAAACAGUAUGAAAUAUAUCAGUAUCCCUGUCUGAGGUUGAGUUGUGUAAAUGAAACUGUCAUUAAUUAGUACCCUGCACAAAGAGCUGGAACAUUGGCCCACUAUGAGGUCAAUAUAUGGACAGUCAUGUUUAUUGAUAAACAGAACAUGCUGAAUCUGAGGUCACACAUUUUUUAUUUGUUUUAUGGAUCCGCUAACAGUAAAUUUUGUUGAAAUAGGGAAUUUUUUUUUUUUAAUUUGCUCUUUCUUUUAUCCCGCCGAAAAGCUGACAACAUAUUGCACCAAGACCUAUCUUCUAAACAAGGUCCCCUUGAGUUGAGAUAUAUAUAACUUGGGAUUCAAAAUAAAGUUUGUUGUUGUUCCUGAAAUUGAUAGGAUGCAUAGAUGCACAACAGUGUUCCCGCUUGGUUCGUCAGGUCUUAAAGCAACAGCUGUGUUGCAGGCUCUCCUCCCACAGUGAACCACUUUAUAUUUUUUUUACCAGCCAACCGGUACAGAAGGAGAAGAAAGAAUAAAUUGAAUUGCUUUUUUUUCUCUCUUUUGGCACCUACUGACAAGUGUUGUCCUGUAAAAAUCCUUAAGGCAAGUAAACAGACGUGUGACCUUAAUGGUCAGUGUUAGGGUAACACCCCAGAAGUGAAAUAUGAUACGCUAUCUCAUCUUUUUUAUGUGUCCAUUCGGAGUGUACAGACAAUCAAUUAGAUUUCAGGAAGAGGGGAAAGACUACAAAAACAUUAAAUAUACUGUCCACUUCCAAUCCAUGAUUCAUAAUGUCAGCAGUCUACUUGUCCAUAUGAAAUUACAAAUCACAUUGAUUUGACCCAGUGUGGAGUGACCUAUGCAAGAUGUUUCAACUUGAACAUGAUCGGCACAAGUACUUCAUUUUCUUCACUUCUAUCAGCCAGUAUGUAUUUGGGUACAAGAGUGUUUGACAUUAUUGGUGCGACUGUUUCAAAACAUGAGUCUUAUUUCCUACUGUUUCAUGUGUCCCAUUGACACCUGUGUCAGGUACUUGCAGUGUCGGACACAUUGACACCUGUGUCAGGUGCUUGCAGUGUCGGACACAUUGACACCUGUGUCAGGUGCUUGCAGUGUCGGACACAUUGACACCUGUGUCAGGUGCUUGCAGUGUCAGACACAUUGACACCUGUGUCAGGUGCUUGCAGUGUCGGACACAUUGACACCUGUGUCAAGUACUUGCAGUGUCUGACACAUUGACACCUGUGUAAGGUACUUCCAGUGUUGGACACAUUGACACCCGUGUCAGGUGCUUGCAGUAUCGGACACAUUGACACCUGUGUCAGGCACUUGCAAUGUCAGACACAUUGGCACCUGUGUCAGUUACUUGGAGCUGCAGACACAUUGACACCUGUGUCAGGUACUUGCAAUGUUGGACACAUUGACACCUGUGUCAGUUACUUGGAGAUGCAGACACAUUGACACCUGUGUCAGUUACUUGCAAUGUCGGACACAUUGACACCUUUGUCAGUUACAUGUAGCUGCAGACACAUUGACACCUGUGUCAGGUACUUGCAAUGUCGGACACAUUGACACCUGUGUCAGGUACUUGGAGCUGCAGACACAUUGACACCUGUGUCAGGUACUUGGAGCCGCAGACACAUUGAUACCUGUGUCAGUUACUUGGAGCUGCAGACACAUUGAAAUCUGUGUCAGUUACUUGCAAUGUCAGACACAUUGACACCUGUGUCAGUUACUUGGAGCUGCAGACACAUUGACAUCUGUGUCAGGCACUUGCAAUGUCAGACACAUUGACACCUGUGUCAGUUACUUGGAGCUGCAGACACAUUGACAUCUGUGUCAGGCACUUUGAGCCGCAGACACAUUGACACCUGUGUCAGUUACUUGGAGCUGCAGACACAUUGACACCUGUGUCAGGUACUUGCAAUGUCGGACACAUUGACACCUGUGUCAGUUACUUGCAAUGUCGGACACAUUGACACCUGUGUCAGUUACUUGCAAUGUAGGACACAUUGACACCUGUGUCAUUUACUUGGAGUUGCAGACACAUUGAAGGUAGUUUUCGUUCUCAUCAAUAUUUCUGAAAUCUUGAAUGACAUAUACCCGGUUUGUAUUUUCUCACUGAUGCUCUUCUGUGUUCGGGAAUUUCGAACAAUGUGGUAUUUUGGGGGCUGUUAAUAUUUUCAAACUCAAAAAAUCUUAGAAAUCAGUCUUUAUUUUUCGGAGGUGCUGAUCUGAAAACAAUGUCUAAUCAACUAUUGUGGGAAAAUGUUCAUUGAGUUUCUGCAACAUUAUGAGUUGAGAGUCGGUUUAUCACACAUUUAUUGAUGCUGUUGAUUGCAAAAGCAGGCACCAUGGCAAUCAAGAUAGUGUAAGAGUUGCCUAGUAACCAUUCCAUUAUUUAAUUAGGAUGUCAUAACUUUGAAAGCCGUGUAUUCACACUCAUUUUGAAUGGUUCUAACUUUCUUUCCUCAUCACUUGUGUCAAGAGGCUCUGAAGCUUCAUCACUUGUGUCAAGAGGCUCUGAGACUUCAUCACUUGUGUCAAGAGGCUCUGAAGCUUCAUCACUUGUGUCAAGAGGCUCUGAGACUUCAUCACUUGUGUCAAGAGGCUCUGAGGCUUCAUCACUUAGGUCAAGAGGCUCUGAGACUUCAUCACUUGAAUUCCUCAAUAUUUCAUUCCAUGCAUUUGAUAUUUACUUCAAGACAAAUCUGUGAAAGAAUCUCCCUAAUUCUCCUUCUAAAGAUGAACAUGAAUGUAUUUUCUUUCUAAAAGAAUUAACAUUCUUGAAAUAUGUAAUUCAUUUUCAGGAUUUUGCCGUUCAUUUGUUGGGCAUGCCCCAGUCGUCUAAGGCACUGCAUUUUGCUGUGCAGAGUUGUCUUUCUGUGAUCGUGGGUUUGAAUCCUGGUUCGCCCCGAUUAUGUUGCUAGGUUUGUCAGCACCAAACUCGUGUUCGUGGGUUUCAGCAAAGUGCAUCACUUCAGGCUUUCCUCCUACAUUAAGCUGACACGCCGUGAUAUAACUGGAAUACUGUUCAAAGCAACGUUAAACCCAACUCACUCACUCACUGUUGUUCAUUUUACAAAGGGAAGGGUUUUGUUUUAUUGAUACACAUACAUGGUAUGAGAAUUAAUUUUCUGAUCACUUCAACCAAAUACACCUGUAGAGCUUUACUUUGCCAAAUGUGAUAUAUUUCUGGUAACAGCCAAAGACUUCUAACACAUAUAGCCAAUCAUAUAAUAUGUCAUUCAGAGUAUGGGCAUUAGCAUGGAAUUGAUUUUUUUGGCAAAACUAUUUGUUUGUAAGAUUUACAGAAUCUUCUUCGUGGUUUCAAAAUGCUACCUUCCAAAUGACCACUUCUCUAUUCUUACAUUAAGUCUUUGUUUUCUGAUUAAUAUUGACUUGUCACUAUAUAUCUUAUUCCAAGGACAGUUCAAAAUUAGUUAUGUUCAAAGUUUAUGAUGCACCUUAGAGCAGCUGUAUAUAUGGUGAAGUUUAGCUGUAAAUAUGGUGAAGCUGAUAUGCAGUAAAUAUGGUGAAGUUAAGCUGUAAUUAUGGUGAAGUUAAGCUGUAAUUAUGGUGAAGUUAAUAUGCCUUAAAUAUGGUGAUGUUAUUCACCAGUAAAUAUGGUGAAAUUAAUAUUCAGUUAAUAUGGUGAUGUUAUUCACCAGUAAAUAUUGUGAAGUAGUAAAUAUAGUGAAGUUAUUCUCAAAUAAGUAUGGUGAAGUUUGGGAUUAAGGCCUGGGUUCAUAGUGACCGAUGAUCAGUUGCAUCAGGUGUUGACUAUCUGAUUCAAGAGUGACUUUUCCAAUGUGUAAAGUUCAUUUCUGGUGUCCCCGCCGUGAUAUUGUUGGAAUAUUGCUAAAAGUGGCGUAAAACCAUACUCACUCACUCACUCUAAACCAACUUCAUAUGUAAAAUUAUUGCUCACCUUGAACAUGUUAAAGAAGUAAGGUUCUUCACAAACUGAUUGGAUGAACAUUACAGGUGUCGGUGAGUAGUCUAGUGGUUACAGCACUCACUGGGGGCACUGAGAAGUGUUGGGUUUGUAUCCCCACAUGAUACAAUUUGUGAAGCCUGUCCUCUGCUUAAAAUCAUCUCAGUCCCUCACUCACUCACUGAAGACAAUGAAGUUGAAUGUUCCAUUGUUAGUGCCUUCACACAACUGUGAUAACAUCAUAGUCAACAUCAUUGUGUCUCUCGUCCUUCACCACUCUCACAGCGUGGACAUGCAUCACAUUAACUUACUUCUGUAUAUGAAGGAGAUUAUUUAAUAUAUUUCUUGCUGUCAAAUCAAGUCAGUUGUGUGUAUUAAUGUUUAUUCUGUAACAUGGGAGUUUAAUGCAUUAUUAACUCUGAAAACAUGAUGUAAAUUCAAUGUUUUUCUUGUUAAAUAAUCAUUCUGGUUUAAUUUAAGGAAAUGUUUCCGAUAGGUGUAGAGUUCCUAUGCCUGGUGUGAAUAUUCUGUAAGCGUUGGAUAUGAGUCCUGGAGAGGCUCCACACUGAAUGGAGGUAAUACAAGCAUCUUGUGACGAUGAUAACAACAAGCCAGUGAUAAGUGUUCUUUCACACAAGUAGCUGGGCGGA